CGGAGUAUUUGUGUGUAUAACACUGGCUUGUAUGUCCGGUCUUGUCCUCUUCGCCUACUACGCUGACAAAAACUGUGACCCUCUGGGCCAACGCUUGGUGGAAAAUGCCAAUCAGCUCAUCGUCUACUACGUCAUGGACACUUUAGGCUACCCCGGCGUCCUGGUCUGUUUGUUGCAAGUUUGUUGUCAGCAUCGCUAAGUACCGUGUCGUCUGUACUAAACGCCCUAGGCGCUAUCACGUGGGAGGACCUUCUAAAGCCCCAUAUGGAGACGAGAUUAACGGAACAUCAGAAAACCAUUUUAAUCAAGAUUAUCGUUGUUUUCUAUGGUCUGCUGGCUAUCGGGGUCAGUUUCCUGGCUCAGGCUCUCCAAGGAACGGUUGUACAGGCUGCCCUGAGUUUUGUUGGCUCUGUCAACGGACCUUUAACUGGGAUGUUCCUGUUGGGGGCGCUCUUUCCCUGUGCUAAUAAAUACGGUGUUGUUUCCGGCGCUCUGGUCGGCGUGGGGUUUAGCCUGUGGCUGUCUGUGGGCUCGUAUCUCCAUGGCAUCCCCCUCCCACAGAAACCCUACCCCAAUGGCACCUGUCACGUGACUGCAGGGAACUGGUCCACAACCAAUGUGACGUCACUAGUGCUGCCAGAUGUGGACGCUGCUAUUGUAGACAGAGGAAUUCUUCACAAUUUUUACAGCAUUUCGUACUUGUGGUAUUCUGCUAUUGGCAUCAUUACAGUGAUUUUUGUUGGUCUAUUGGUCAGCUUUAUUACAGGCCGAAGCUCUACUGGUGAGGUGCCCUUGAAGUACCAGAUACCCGUAUGUUCCAGACUUUGCUGCUGUCUGCCGGUCACGUGGCUACGGAAGUUCAACUGUCACAGAACAUUUGAUGAGUGUGAGGGCCAGAAACCUGAUACGGAAGAAAAUGAGCUCCAUGUUUUAGACACACGGAAACCUAUACAUAAGGGAGAAAUGACUUACCAUGUAACCAGAGCUGAUAACAACGGUAAAACUCUGCUAGAAACGGACUACAGUAACGGUUGUGUUGUUGGUGGCCCGAGUAGUGGGGCUGUAGCUGUUGAGGAAAUUAAUCUUCUACUGCAGGAGUCAGCAACAAAGACAGGAUGAAGCUGUUUCUUAGCUUAGACUGGGACCUGUCCAUUAGACUGGGACCUGUCCA